UAGUUGUCGAACGUCAUGUCGACGAAAUCUGAGGUUUCUCAGAAACCGUACGUUAACAAAAAACCUCUCAGAUUAAACAAACUUUUGGCCUCACACAUUUUAAAAUGCACAAAUAAAAUUCUAAAUUCACAAUUUACUCGACAUAUCGACAAAACUAGACAUCGUGCUCCGAGACAUUGCGUUAUGAUAAUUCCGACAACCAGCUAUGAUCUCUGGAGCCAAGGUCCGUCUAGGACAUCUCAUACGGAACCAACACUCGCCUUGCCUCAAGCUUAGAUCAUGUUAUUCACAUAGAAAAAUCCAUCAUUUGAAUCCAUUGUGCUCAUAUGACAAUACAAAAAUACUUUGCAAAGAAGGAAAGUUAACACCUCCCGCUUUUGGACAUUUCAAUAAUUUCUUUACCCUACCUGGGAUCGCAAAUAAGAAGAAAGAGUACAUCGGGAAGAAAAUCGUCGGGUUUACCCCAGAGCAAAUGUUUGAUGUCGUCUCUGACGUUGAAAAUUACAAAAAAUUUGUUCCGUUUUGUAUAAAGUCGACCGUCACCCACAAAACAAAACACUUGCUUAGCGGAGACCUGCAAGUCGGCUUCCCGCCCAUUGUAGAAAGUUACUCUUCGACCGUUUCCCUCAAUCGUCCGCACAGCGUUAGAGCAGUGUGCAAAGAUGGGAAGAUAUUUAACCACCUCACAACAACAUGGAAGUUCAUCCCGGGUUUGAAGGAGGGCCCGCAGUCUUGCCAUAUACACUUUUAUCUCUCUUUUGAAUUUAAAUCUAUGCUCCAUUCUCAACUCGCAAAUGUUUUUUUUGAUGAGCUAGUCAAGCAGAUGGAAUGGGCGUUUGUUAAAGAAGCUGAAAAAAGAUAUGGUAAACCAAGUCUUCCAACAGUCAAACUUUGAUAAAGACAAAUACAUAUUAAUUAUAAAUGGGGAAA